AAAAAAAAUUACCCACCCCCUUGUAAUGUGUCUGGUUUGUACAGGCCCCGUGAAAGCCAGCAAAGUUGAACUUAAAUUACUCCGGGCAUAGAAAAAGUCUUGAUUUGUAGCUUGCUUUAUUUUAUUUUUGUCAUUUUCUUGUGACUUUGCAUAAACUAGCUCCCAAGCGGAUGAAGUUACAAGGCAAUUGUGCGGAACCGAUUGACUUUGACAAAUCUUAUUGUACAGAAGUCUCUUGCAUAGACUAUUAACUGCUAGCAUCCUCUCUUGUUUACACCAAAAUAUAAAAUCACAUGUAUCUGCAUCCAGUUUCAAUGGUCAAUCUGUUCUUUUUCAUUCUUCAUCUUCUUUUCACCUUUACAGAGCAUUCUGCAGGUUACUACCUCAAUGGGGAUGUAGCAAUUAACUGUGGUUCCACUGGCAUUUCAACGGCUUUCAAUGGCCGGGAAUGGAUCGGAGAUAUAUCGACUUCCCCACCACAAAUAAAGGGCUCAUCCUCCAGCUCAAGCACCAUCCAUAAUUUGGCUUUGGUUGAUCCUGUCCCUUACAAAACAGCACGAGUCUCUCAAUCACAAUUCUCUUAUACUUUUCGAGUAAGCCCAGGUCUCAAACUUAUUCGCCUUCACUUUAGUCUGUCUUUAUACCAGCAAUUUAAGAAGUCUCGAGAUUUUUUCACAGUUGAAGUUGGGCCUUUCACUCUCCUUAGUAACUUUAGUGCUUCAAUAACUGCUGAUGCACUCAGUGUAAAAUCUUUUGUGAAGGAAUACUGCAUCAAUAUAGACAAAAAUCAACUGUUGACUAUAACUUUUUCUCCCGAACAUAGCCAGUCACAUAAAACAUAUGCUUUUAUUAAUGGAAUUGAGGUAAUAUCCUUGCCAUCUGACCUUUAUUACUUUCAUGGUGGUGGUCUUGGGGCCCAAGUGGUUGGCCAAAAAUCUCGAAUCUAUAUUGACAAAAGCACGGCACUUGAAAUCGUGGAGCGAUUAAAUAUAAUAUGGGAUCCCACAUCAGUAGAUAGUUCUUAUAAAUAUAGGAUGCGGGAGACAGUUUCAAAUAAAAAGAAAAACAAGAUCAACACUUUCACCUGGAAAACAUCUGUGGAUGUCGGAUUUGGAUACUUGGUCAGGCUCCAUUUCUUCGGGAAAGGACUGAGUAUGGCAGAGAAUGGCAACAUGGCGUACAGUGUCCUCAUAAAUGACAUGAUUGUCGAAACUAAUGUUGAUAUAAUAAAAGAGAGGGGCGACAAUGACAUCCUUUGGUACAGAGACUAUAUAGUGAUGAUUAAAGGACAUAAAGAGGAGGCUAGGCGUGAUCUAACAAUUUCCCUGCGGUUGAAGAGUGAAUUGAUAGAUGGACCCCUUAAAGGAUUGGAAAUAUGCAAGUUGAGCAACCUGUACAAUAGUCUUGCCUCUCUGUACCCCUCGCCUCCUACGCAAGCUUCAUCAUCCGUGACUGUACGAAUAUUAUUGUCAAUUUUUUGUCGCAGAAACACAGUAGUAACUGGUGCAGUAAUUAUAAUCACUCUAGUCAACAUCAUUGCUUUUAGGUUGCGGCAAAUCUGGGAAGCCAACACUAUUGAGGACAGAAACAAGCCAUCAAUCUCGACGGGAGGACUCUGUCAUUAUUCCCUUGCUGAGAUCCAGUCAGCCACAGAUAACUUCAGUGAUACACUAGUUAUUGGAAAGGGUGGAUUUGGUAAUGUCUACAAAGCAUUCAUUGAAAAUGGGCAACAGCUGGUGGCCAUUAAGAGGUUAAAGUCCAACUCCAAGCAAGAAGAACAUGAGUUUUGGACAGAGAUUGCAACACUUUCAAAGCUCCAACACAAUAAUCUUGUUUCUUUAGUCGGCUACUGCAAUGAGCACCAAGAAAUGAUCCUUCUCUAUGAGUAUAUUCCAUGUGGCACGUUAGCUGACCAUCUCUUUGGACUUCGUGGUGAGAGUGAUUAUCAUUAUUCUCUCUCUUGGAAGCAACGCCUAAGGAUCUGCAUUGGGGUUGCGCGAGGACUAGACUACCUUCAUUCUGGCACCAAUCGUGGAAUCAUACACCGUGACAUAAAGGCUUCUAACAUCCUGCUGGAUGAAAAUUUGGAGGCUAAGAUUUCAGAUUUUGGGUUGGCCAAACCGCAAAUUAAAAGUUACAUACAAAGCUAUGUUAGCACAAACGUUAAAGGUACAUUUGGAUAUUUUGACCCGGAUUAUUUCAGAACACGUAAACUGACAAGGAAGAGUGAUACAUAUGCCUUUGGUGUUGUGUUGCUGGAAGUAUUGUGUGGAAGACCAGCAGUGUAUCCAACAGUUACCGAGGAUAAGCACAGUCUCAUUAUGUGGGCUCGAGAUUGCAUCAGUAAGGGAAACAUUGAUCAGAUUGCCGCUCCAAGUCUAAGGGGACAAAUAUCACCUGAUUGCCUGAAGACAUUUUUGGAAGUUGCUAAAAAAUGCUUGCACAAUGAACCAAAGAAACGGCCUACAAUGGCUCAAGUUGUGGUACAACUUGAGUUUGCUUUGAAGCAACAGGAGAGCUCGAAGUCUUCUGUUUCAACGAUGACUACUUCUGAUGGUGUCCAGCCUUGUACAAGGGAAACUAUCAAAUUCAUUAGUACUGGGGUUCAAGAAAUCUCGUCUGUAGAUGAGCAGAAUAUCUCACCUUCUUCGGAAGAAAGAACCAAAAGUUAACCGGUUCAGAAUGUUUGGCCUUCAGGUAGAAACACACCUGUGGAUAGGAGAAAAACCAAUGUUUAUAAGCUAUCAUGGUUGAGGCCGUGGGAUGCAAUCUGGAAUAGGGCAAAACCAUCCAAGAAAAGAGAAUCGGUCCGCUUCUCAAUAUCAGGCAUUGAAACGGCCACGAACAAUACUGAUCAUUAGAAGUGAUUUCAAAUGACUUUUCAGCAACCCAGUUCAACCUCAGUAAGUAAAAAUAAGAGCAGUUUCAUUUCAUCUCUCUCUCUCUCUCUCUCUCUCUCU